AUGGAGCGCCGCGUCGCCCGCGAGUUCCGGCACAAGGUCAAUCUAUUAAUUGACAAUGAAGCGGAGAAGGAUUACCUUUAUGAUGUGCUGCGGAUGUACCACCAGUCUAUGAAUCUCCCAGUGCUUGUGGGGGACCUAAAAUUGGUGAUUAAUGAACCAAGCAGGCUGCCUCUGUUCGAUGCUAUCCGCCCACUCAUCCCAUUAAAGCACCAGGUGGAAUAUGAUCAGCUUACACCCAAACGAUCACGAAAGCUGAAAGAGGUGAGAUUGGAUCGAUUGGAUCCUGAAGGGCUUGGAUUAAGUGUAAGAGGUGGAGUGGAAUUCAGCUGUGGCCUCUUCAUCUCCCAGUUGGUUAAAGGAGGGCAGGCAGACAAUGCUGGACUUCAGGUUGGGGAUGAGAUAGUGCGCAUAAACGGAUAUUCCAUUUCGUCAUGCACACAUGAAGAAGUCAUCAACCUCAUUCGUACAAAGAAAGUUGUGUCCAUAAAAGUUAGGCAUGUUGGCAUGAUACCUGUCAAAAGUUCACCAGAUGAACCCCUUAAAUGGCAAUAUGUGGAUCAGUUUGUGUCAGAGUGUGGGGAAGGAAAGGGCAGUGUGGCUGGACUUGCUUCUUCUGGAGGGAGAGACAGUAAAGAGAAGAAAGUCUUCAUUAGCUUGAUUGGUACAAAAGGCAUGGGAUGCAGUAUUUCCAGUGGUCCAACACAAAAACCAGGCAUUUUUAUCAGCAAUGUUAAGCCAGAUUCUCUUUCAGCAGAGGUGGGCUUAGAGGUUGGUGAUCAGAUUGUUGAGGUGAAUGGAGUGGACUUUUCUAAUGUGGAUCACAAAGAGGCUGUCAGAGUGCUCAAGAGCAGCCGUACUUUGACUAUCUCUGUGGUAGCAGGCGCUGGCAAGGAGCUGUUCAUGACUGAAGAAGAACGGCAAAGAGAAGCGCGUCUCCGUGAGCUGGAGCGCCAGGAGUUAAUGCAUCAGAAGCGGCUUGCGCUGGAGACCAACAAAAUCAUCAAAGAGCAGCAAGAGAAAGAGAGAUUAAGAAAGCUGGAGAUUUCCCAGAAGGCUGCAGAGGAAGAGGAGAGAUAUCGCAGAGAAAUAGAGCAGAUAACAGCAGAGGAAGAGAAAUUUAAAAAGGAGUGGGAAGAAGACUGGGGUCCUAAAGAACCACCCAAAUCUCUAAAAACUAUAACUGCAGAAGUGCACUCUCCCCCUCAUUCCAAACACAAAAAAGAUAUAAAGGGAGUUGCACAUGACCAACUUGAAACAGAUGACAUGGAUGAAGUGAACAUGAAGCAGGACAAACAGGGCUUCCAGAAGUAUGUGGAAGAUUUUGAUCCAUAUUCAAUGUUUACCCCAGACCAGAUUAUAGGAAAAGAUGUACGGCUAUUACGAAUAAAAAAGGAAGGAUCACUGGACCUUGCAGUCGAGGGAGGAAUUGAUUCUCCAAUUGGAAAGAUAGUUGUGUCUGCCAUCUACGAGGACGGUGCUGCAGACAAACAUGGAGGCAUAGUGAAAGGGGAUGAAAUACUGGCUGUAAAUGGCAAGAUAUUAAUUGACAGCAAGCUGGCAGAAGCACAGGCAACUCUAGCAAAAGCUUGGAACAUGGGUGGGGAUUGGAUUGACUUAGUCAUUGCAGCAUCACCUCCAAAAGAAUAUGAUGAUGAAAUCCCUACCAUUCCCUCAUCAGCAGUCAGUCCCAGCACACACAGAAAGGUUUUUGAAGGCAGUGCACCUGUGUACAGACAAGGGUAUCUCCUGCAGCUGUAG